AAAAAAAUUUCCAUUAAAUUUCUAUCUAUCUUUCCUUCCUUAUUUCUUCCCAAUUUCUCCCCUCCUUCCUUUGUCCCCAUUUCCCCUCAAAUCUUCUUGACCCACAAACCCCCAGUUUUCUCUUCACUUUUAACUUCACUCUCUCCCUUCCAUUUUGGAUAAGCACCACAACCAGAAAUGGACUACCCGCCGGUGCUUGAUGAAUCCGUCCGGAAAGCUUUGAUCGGAAAGCUACAGAGAGGGAAAGAAUCCACGCUCCGACUUCAGACCCAACUUCACAAACCCUCUUCCGGACGCGGGUCAGGCCUCGUAGCUGAGGAACUCGAGGAAAUUGCGAGUUCUUUUAGUGAAAGUCUGGCUAUGUUGAACUCUCGUGAUUUCGAGAUGUCGACCCGGAUCUCCGCCGGCGGUUCAAGACGGGGUUCCCCCGUUGACCGGAGCUCCAAAGGUUCCGACCAGAGCAAGAAGCGGCUUGGGGUGAAAGAUCGCCGUGGAUGUUAUAGGAGAAGAAACUCUGCAGAAUCAUGGGUCGCUGUCUCUCCAACAGCUGAAGAUGAAUAUGCAUGGCGAAAAUAUGGACAAAAGGAAAUCCUCAACACAGAUUUCCCAAGGUGCUAUUUCCGGUGCACCCACAAGACCGACCAACUCUGUAAGGCAACAAAGCAAGUUCAGAAAAUAAGUGACGAUCCUCCACAGUACCAAAUCACCUAUUUCGGGCGCCACACAUGCCAAAACACCCUGAUGAGGACUCCCCAGAUCAUAUCCGAACCCGAACCCAUGGAUCAGUGCUCCUAUCUUCUCAGCUUUGAAACAAAAACACUCAGCAGAAACAAUCCUCCUCCUCCUCCGCCGCCAAUCAGCCCAACAACGGUCAACCAGGACUUCAAGGAGGAGACACACAGUGGCGUCACCGAGUGCUUGGAGUCUUCCAUGUGGCAGCAUGACAUGGGUGGUGAAACCUCUGGGCUUCAGAAACUGGACCAAGAAGCGGUUUCCAGUUUCCAUUCUUCCGGCCCAUCCACACCGCUUCAUCAUCAGGCUCCCCUGGAAAUGGAGUCUUUUGGCACUAAUUUCGAUGAUUUCGGGAUUUACAUGGACGAUCUGGCGUUCAGCAACAUUGGAGGACAGUUCCGCAAUUAGUUUCAAUAAUAAAGAUUAAGCUAAUUUUCCUGCAGCAGGGCGUUUGUACUAUAUAAUUAUCCAAACCGAGUAGUAGUAGUAGUAUCUUUUUUCUUCUUCUGUAACGUUCUUCUCGUUCAUCAGAGUUUUUUUUUUUUUUUUUUUCCUUCCCUUCUUAAUUAAUGCAAAUGUUAUGUAACUAAUGGAAACAUAUACGCUGAUAUGUGUUUGUAGCUUAUGUUAGUGAUCAAUGUUAUGUACUGUAUAUAUUAUCAUCAUCAUCUUUUGGAUCUCUAAAUUAAUUACUCUCUCAUGAAUCUAUGAAUCUCUAGCUAUGAAUCUAAUACGUGAUUUCCGUUGCAGUACAAGAAAAGGACAAGCACAUCAAUGUUGACGAGGUAAGCAACCCUACUGAACAUAAUGCUCAUCCUGAAGUUAGAAAUGAUCAAAUACAAGUAGCUAGCUAGUACUCCAAAAAGACAAGUAGACAACUAGCAAGUUACUGCCUUUCUGUAUAUAAUUGAGAUGGUGAUGAUAGAGCAUGUAUUUUGGUUGGCUCCUAAAACUUUAAAGUGUUUUUACGGCUUUAUGAAUAAUAGAAGCAAUGAGUACGGG